AGAGAGAGAGAGAGAGAGACCUCGUGAUUGAUUGUCCCUUAGAGAUGGUGGCAGUGCGACUCGAUUCCAGCUCUCACUGAGCCUUGUCUCAAGGAAUGCGUUCGUACAUUUUCAGCGAAAGGUCGUCGCCCUAGAAGGAGGAAGGAGGAUUUUUUUGUCUAUCCGGAUUAUUAUGGCAUUCUAGUGCGCAGAGCCGUUCAACUCACACCGAUCGCCGCUCCCAUCCCACCCGGAGAAGAAAUAAAAAAGUAAAGGAAAACUUCAUCCUGGGCAAAAUUCCACGGGCGCAUUUUGGACUUUCUUUUCGCUUGUUACUCAGUCUGAUGACAGGAAUUGUUUUGUCGGGAAGCCACGAGCGGCGAUCGAGUCACGCAUGAAUCUUCUGAGCGAACAUGGAAUAUCAGAGGAUGAAGCCACGGAGAGGCGCUUUAUGGUAGAUCAGCGGAGGAGCGAAGUGUAAAGUGCGAGACGCCGCCAACUCAAACGGAUUACAGUUGAUCUCUGCUCAUCCUCGACCCCGGACACCCAAACUUUUCGAGUGAUCAUUCAACUAAGCGACAUGGCAUCCAGUCUGACGUGUGCGGGCACCGUUUGGGCACUGCUUUCCUUUCUGUGCGCGGCAGCUUCAUGCGUGGGAUUUUUUAUGCCGUAUUGGCUUUUGGGAUCGCAGAUGGGCAAGACGGUGUCCUUCGGAACCUUUCGGAGAUGUUCGUACCCGGUUCGGGAUGAGAGCCGCCAGCAGACGAUCAUGGUCGAGCAGUGUGGCAGGUACGCCUCUUUCCAGGGCAUCCCGAGUCUGGAAUGGAAGAUCUGCACGGUGGUGACGGGCGUGGGCUGCGGACUGCUCCUGCUGGUGGCGCUCACGGCGCUCAUGGGCUGCUGCAUUUCGGAACUCAUCUCCAGGACCAUCGGCAGGGCGGCGGGAGGCAUGCAGUUUGUCGGAGGCUUGCUGAUUGGCUCAGGCUGUGCUCUCUACCCACUUGGAUGGGACAGCGAAGAAGUAAGACAGACCUGCAGUAACCUGUCAGACCAGUUUGAAUUGGGCACGUGUCAAAUUGGCUGGGCUUUUUAUUGUACGGGAGGUGGCGCUGCCGCCGCGAUGCUGCUCUGCACUUGGCUCGCAUGUUUUGCAGGAAAGAAGCAGAAGCAGUACCCCUAUUGAAGGAAGCGCAGCUGACGAGACGGGCGAUGAAGAACGUUCGAUUGAUGUGCCACUUUGCAUCUCAGAUCUGUCACUCGAGGGAACCGAACUGCUGUUUUUUUCCCACAGGCGGCCGUGGAGUGUGGUGUGAACAUCGAUGAACUGAACCUGACCUAAUGGGCACCCUCCUGGAGCCAUUCUGAGACUUUGGCAUUGAUGGUCCAUUUUAAAGUUAAAUUGUGUGCACAGUGUUAUAGCUUCUUUUCUACUUGUCAUAUUUAAGGACCAAGCAUAUUACAAUUUAUGUAGUCAUGUUUAUGCGUUUUCUUCACUGGUAAUAGCAUAUAUAACCAUGUAAGUUUGACAUUAUUCUUGUAAAGCUAAAUAUUUUUUACGUUAUGCUGUCACCCUAGUAAUAUUUUAAAAUGCAAUAAUCUUUGGUACAGAGGCAGGGAAUUUGCCUCCAUUAAUCGCAAUGUUCCAUAACAUGUUCAGCAUUGACCGAGCAUUUUGAAGCUCACAGAUUAUUUUAAAUUACAAGAAUUCAUUAAGAAGAGCCAUUAGUCAUUCAGAGGCUGCAAACGAACAAUUCUGGCUGUGACAAAGCAACAAAAGAAAGCAGUUUGGUAAGUUUUUUAAAAUGGCAAUACUCAUUAAAAUACUUUUUCGUUACAUUGAA